GGCGUGAGAGGCGGAGCCGGGGAGGCGGCUCCCGGGGCGGGGCGGCAGCUACAGCGCGGAUCAGCUGACCCGGUGAGUGAGGACUGACCCCAGAAGCCGGAUCCUGGCGGCUGAUUUCGACGUGAGUCCUCACCUGCCUCAGUGAACCAGUGCCCUCCUUCCUGAGCAGCCAUCCGGGCUGAGGGCCCUCCCUCCACAGCCAUGGUCUGGAAGAAACUGGGCUCCGGCAACUUCUCCAGCUGCCCCAAUGGCUCCCGCCAGUGGAUAUGGGACGUGUUUGGUGAAUGUGCUGUGGACAGCUGGGAUGAGGCCAGCGUGGGCCUAGGCCUGAUCUCCAUUCUCUGCUUUGCUGCAUCCACUUUCCCCCAGUACAUCAAGGCCUGCAGGGCAGGCAACAUGGACCAGGCCCUGUCCCUGUGGUUCCUGCUGGGCUGGCUCGGCGGAGACUCCUGCAACCUCAUCGGCUCAUUCCUCGCCAACCAGCUGCCCUUGCAGACUUACACGGCAGUGUAUUACGUCAUGGCGGACCUGCUGAUGCUGAUGUUGUACUUUCAUUACAAGUACAAGAAGCGCGCCUCCCUGUUGUCUGCCCCCAUCAAUGCUGCACUCUUGCUUAUCUUGGGGACAGCGUUUUCCACCCCGCUGCUGAGCAGGCCUGAUCCUGUGGCCACCCCAAGGGAGGUCUUCCGGGGGCGGACACUCCUGUCUGUGGAACCAGGCAAUAAGCCCUUCACCCAGCAGGAAAUCAUUGGCUUUGUCAUCGGCUCUGUCUCCAGCGUGCUGUACCUACUCUCCCGGCUGCCUCAGAUCCACACCAACUUCCUGCGGAAGUCGACCCAGGGGAUCUCCUACUCGCUAUUCGCGCUGGUGAUACUGGGGAACGCGUUGUACGGGCUGAGCGUGCUGCUCAAAAACCCCGAGGUGGGCCAGAGUGAGGGCAGCUACCUGCUGCACCACCUGCCCUGGCUCGUGGGCAGCCUAGGCGUGCUGCUGCUCGACAGCAUUAUCUCUGUGCAGUUCCUCAUCUACAGGAACGCUGCUGCCGUGUUCUCAGAGACUGAGCCCCUCCUCCCCAGCUGACCAGGGCCCACGCUGAGCCCAGGAUGACAGGGACCUCCAGAUGCCACAUCCAGGAAGGGAGUGAGGGGUGGCCCAGGACGGUGCUGCUGACCUUGUACUGGGCCGUGGAGGAGGCCGGUGGGAGGCCAACAGCGUGGGCCCAGCCGCCUACCCCCACACUUCCGAAACCUCUCAGGGCUACUGACUGCCUCUUCUCAGGAGCAAGCCGGUCGCAAGGCCCAGCCACCACCUUGGAAGUCUGCCCCUGGGAACCUCGUGGGAGAGGCUGC